AUCAUCCAUAGAUCUGUCUCAUCUCCGUCGACCUGAUAUAACAUCAGGAAUAUCUAGCAUCUUCUUCGCCGUCGACGCACCUUUCGUCAACCAUGACCGCCGACCCAUACUGCGAGCACCUGGCUUCCCCGAACCCUUGGGUUCUUGGCCUCUCCGUCCAGCUUGUGAUCGGUAUCCUCGUCUCUUAUAUACCACAACAUGUGAAGAUCAUCCGACAUGGCACCUCUGCGGGCCUCUCGCCGUGGUGGGUUCUACUCGGCACCAUCUCAUCUAUCGCCGCACUCGCAAACAUCCUCGUCCUGCCGGCUAGCCAGCAUGAUAUGGCAUGUUGUCGUGAGAUUUCUGGAACUGCCUGCGGAGCUGCACUUCUCGGCGUCGUACAGAUCGGCGUACAAUGGGUCUGCUUCAUGACCAUUAUGGUACUCUUCUUGGUCUUCUUCCCCAGAGAUGCGUUUGCGCAGACUCCUCCAGAGCAUCUCAGCCCUGAUACGCCCCGCAAGCGUGAUGCUGUAAUUGUUGGUGUUGUGUCUCUGGUUUCUCUCCUCACUGUUGGCCUCAUCUCCACAAUCUUUCUCUUCCGCUUACCCAGUCACCUCCUCAGCUGGGCAAAUUUCCUUGGAAUCCUUGCCGCCAUACUUUCCUCCGUUCAAUACAUUCCCCAACUAUACACGACUUGGAAGGUGAAGCAAGUCCUGAGCUUGAGUAUCGCAACUAUGGUCAUACAAGUCCCAGGCGCUUUCUUAUUCGCCUUCAGCUUGUGGUUGAGAGUCGGAUGGGAGGGCUGGAGUACGUGGUUUGUCUACUGCGUGACUGGUGUCUUGCAGGGAUCUCUGCUGGUCAUGGCCAUUACCUUCUACAAGAAGGAGAAAGACGGACAGGCAGGGGAGCAUGAAGCCACAGAGACAGAUCCUUUGCUGGAGCAGUCCGGCAGUCACAACUGAUGGCCUUGAGAUCAUCUUUGACAAUUUUUUGUAUUUGUAUCAAUCUAUUGAACUCUUCAAGCGACC